UUUCCACGUUUCAGCAGCCGGUGACUGAGCAGCGGACAGCGAAGCAGACGGCCACAGAGCGGAAUCACGGUCAUCCUGAACAUUUCCGUUUUUAUUAUCUACAAAAACUGACUGACUGUUCAUUUCACCCGUGUCCCCUCCACGGCCGCGUUUCCCCACGCAGAUGAAACAGACUCAAAUCCAUCACAGAACGACUUGAAACCACAAAAGUGAACCGAGAUUGGCCGAGUGGACUUUUUUUUUCCAUUCCUGCAGCACGUCUGUCCCGUCUCAUUCCCACAGAGCUGCUUUCUGUGAGAUCCAGAGGAGAUUAUCUUCCCUCAUCUCUCUCCCUGUCUGUAGCUGACUCAUAUCUGCUGCUCUCGGGACCAUGGCGGAGUACAGCUCUCUGCUCAGCGACCUGUCUGAAAACAUCACCAACGAAGACUUGGAGCAGCUCAAGUCGGCCUGCAAGGAGGACAUUCCUGAGGACCAGAGCAACAACAUCACUUCCUCCAAGGAGUGGUUCAGCUACCUGGAGAAGAAUGACAAGCUGGCCCAAGAUAAUCUGUCGUACAUCGAGCACAUCUUCGAGAUUUCGCGGCGACCAGACCUGCUGACGAGGGUGAUCGAGUACCGCACCACCGUGCUCAAGAUCUCUGAGGAUGAUGAGAUCGACACCAAGCUCACACGCAUCCCCUCAGCCAAGAAAUACAAAGACAUCAUCCGCCAGCCCUCUGAAGAUGAGAUCAUCAAGUUGGCCCCGCCUCCUAAAAAAGUGUGAGAUCGCGACACACCCUGAUCUUUGCACCUUGAUUUCUUCACUCCUGGCACUCCAAUCAACCGACCAACCGUUUAUGACCAACCCCAUCACUCCCCUACUUCACUCUACCCUCACACACACACACACACACACACACACACACACACACACACACACACAUCCAGCCAAGCACCAUCCUUGCACUAACACAGAACCGCGCAGGCAGCCACCAACCAAGCAACCAAUCAGAUCGUAGCGAUGCAGCCUCUUUCCAAGCUGAGGGGAGGCGGGAAGCUGCGAAAAAGAGACAUUAGAAGACGUAAUCUGGAGACGGACGAACAGUGUAUGUGUGUAAGGAGAGAGAGAGAGAGAGAGAGAGAGCGCCAAAGUCUACCCUUGAUUCAAAUGCUGAAUGGGUCAGUUUAGAAUGAGUGUAAUCUGUAAACACUGUUCAAUCUGUGAUGCUGUGCUUACUGUAUGCAACCGUCUGUCUGAGUGUGUGCAUGCCAGUGAAGGUUGUUAUUGUUAAGACAAAGACUACAUCCAGCCAUGAAGAGUUUAAAACUACAAACCCUGCGUUCGAAACAUAACAACAAAGUGAAAUGGCAAAGUUUAAUUUUUUCAGACCUUCUAAAAAUGUCAGAAAGCUGAUAGGUAACCAUAGAAACAAUUAAGCUGGGAAUGCAUUGUAUGUACAGUACAAUGAUACUUAACUAUGACUGUGACUAUGAACGUAGUUCAGCAGUUGCUUAAUUGUUUUUAAAAUUGAAUUAGAAAUUGCAAAACAGCCAAACACAUUUUAAAUACAUAGUUUACAUUAUCAAAAAGUAUUUUAAAAACAAAACUGCAGCAAAAGUUAACACUUAUUAAAAAAAGAAAUUUAAAACGUAUCUAAAUCUCACAUAUAUGACUCUGGUUUGUUUCUGUGAGGGUGCUUGUUUUAGUGUGUAGCUGCAUUAAUAGUUCAGGUGUGUUUGAAAUGUGAAAGGGAUAGUUCAACAGACGUGUAUUCACUGUUUUGCUGUGACUAGGUUGAGAACAAAGAUACCACAUUCAUGUCUGUCUUUUAAAUAUGAAGCUACAGCUUAGCUUAGCUUAGCUUAUUUUAGCAUAAAGACCGGAAACAGCUAGCCUUGUUUUUAAACUUGGGUUAAUAUAGGGAUUAAAUUAAUGAGAUAUUUUUUGUUAAUUAGUUUUUUGAGGUGCUGGUUGGAAGAUUUUGUUUCCUUUGGACAUAGCUGGCCAGAAAUUUCUCGUCUUUGUGCUAAGCCAAUCUGCUCAGCUAACCGCUUCAUAUUACAUAAGAUUAAUAGUGAUCUUCUCAUUGAACUCGCAGCAAAAAGGCAAAUGAAAAGAUUUUCCAAAAUGUCAGACUAUUCCUUUAAAGUCUGUAUAGUUCAUUAAAAAAUAAUUACACCAAGUUACCAUCUUUUGCCUCUUUUGCCAUGAGGCCGCUGUAUUUGAAACUAAACUGUAAGUCAAACUUAAAGGCCAGGACAGUCACUGUUCUCAGCUGGAGGUUCUGUAUGCAUUCCCUUUACUCUUACACAGAUAAUGAUAUCAUAUUUCAAGAGCAAAAGAAAAAAAACUAAUAUUUUAGAAGAAUAUAUUUAAAGUUGAUUUUCAUAGGAAAAGCCAAUAUUUGCCUUUAGCUUAUAAUCAUAGCAAGAUAUAUUUAGAGAACAUUUAGAUGGGAAAGGUAAAGCAAUUAUUUCUAUACUAUGGAUGUUCCCUGUCCAUAGGUUCUCUUUUCAUCAAGGGGACCAGAUAGCAUGAAAGUCUGUUGUAUGAGCUGGCUAGAGAUGUAAAUAUACAAAUAAUAUAUUAGAAGAAAAUAUAGCAGAAAUAAUAUAUUGACCUGCAGUGUGUGUUCCAUAGAGGACACUCAAAUUUCCACUGUACGUUCAAUUUCACCAUGUCUGGUUUUUGUAACUAAAGACCCUGAUUUUAUCUAAUCGGAAAUUGAGGUGAAAAACACUUAAGCACUUAAAGUACAUCAAUUUGGACUACAUUAGAAAAGUAUAUUUUGAGAGAUCAUAUUGGGUAUUAUAUUUACUGCGUGGAAAUGUUGUGUUGUGUGACACAUAAAGAGACAAACACUAAACUUGCUUACACCCCUUUCUUGCCAUUUCAUUUGUUGCACAGAAAGUAACUGACCAGCUUGUGAUUUUUCCCUGUAUGAGGGGUUAAACUAUGGCCUCUGGAAAUAAACGUAAAUGCAAAUCAAAGUGAAAGAAAAGGUCAGAAAGACAAUGUGGCAUGUGAUAAUAAAACAUGUCAUUUUAACAAAGUGUACAUAAAGUAGAUUGUGACGAAGGAUCAUAACCCACUGACUGUGCCAUUACCGCCAUGCACCAACAUAGCUAGCAAGACUGUUGAAACUAAACUAUAAUAACUGCUCUUUUGAACACUGUGUCUCUUUUUCCCCCCGCAUUAAAGCCUUAGCGGACUUUGUGUUUACCCCAAAAUUUUUAACAACUGUGAGUGAUUGUGUGUGUUUGUGUGUAAAAGCGGAGACAGACGCCGGCACACACAUCAAGUUAAUCAAAACGGCUCUCACUUUUAAAGAGUGCUUUUAUUCUGAAAUUUGCUAAGGACUAGUCUGUUGGUCUGUUUCUGCCCCCAUCUUUGUUGUUAUCAAAGCUGUAGGAUCCAAAAAAUGAACCAACAACAUAAAAAUCUAUCAGUGUACGACUAGUCAUUUCUCCCAGCCCUGCUCCACUCCAGACCCCAGUGCCAACGACCAAGACUUUUAUUUUGAUCACUGUUUCUGUGAUCUGGUUUUUUUUCUCUCUCUCUUUUUUAUUGCUCGCCGUAUAUUGUAGUGUUGGACUGAUUUGUAUCCUAUGCAUUUACGUCUGUAGGAGAACUUUGCACUGUAACAUAUCCUCCUAACAAAUCACUUAAUCUAAAGAACUGAACUCUUCAAUUGAGACAAGUCAGGGCGUUUGACUAGAACUUGAUAUUCUUGUGUUGAAUCUGCAUGACAGACGUGCUGAGUGGCAGUUGAUAAGACGAAAGUGUGCAGUUUGGGGAAAGAAAAUAUAUGCUUGUUACCCAAUGUUCACUGUUUAGAACUAGGAAAUAAACUUGUUAGACAGACUAUAAAUCAAAGCAAACACUCAAUAGUCUUUUAAUGCCUGCAAUUGUGUGGCGACGUUUACAAACCGUCAACAUGUUUCUUUGCAUAAAACAUCCAGUUAAUCUAAGCCAGAUCAAGCUUUUUAUUGUACUGUUAAAGGAAUAGUCCACCCUUAAAUACCUGAACACUGUUCUUUAUGCUAUAUGGGCCCAUUUUGCAGUUCAGACUAAAAUAUCUCAACAACUUUUGGAUUGAUUGCCAUGACAUUUGGUACACACAUUUAUGGUCGCCAGAGAGUAAAUCCUGAUGACUUUGGUGAUCCCCUGAUCUUUCCUCCAGCACAACAAACAGGUUGACGUUUGCUUUUCAGUGUAAAAUGUCUCAACAAUUAUUGGAUGGAUUGCCAUGAAAUUUGGUACAGAAAUUCAUGGCCCUGUUAGGCUGAAUUAUAAUAACCUUAGUGAUUCCUCUGACUUUUCAUCUAGUGCCAUCAUCAGGUUUUUAUUUAUAUUAGUUUAUGACUAAAUUCUUGCAAGACUAAUAACACUCCAAUCAUUCAUACUUUGUGUUUGGCGCAAAUUAGCAAAUGUUAGCGUGUUAGCAUACUAAUACGCUAAACUUAGAUGGCAAACAUGGUAAUUAUUAUCCCAGGAUGCUAAUCAUCAGCAUAUUAGCUUUGUUAUUGUGAACAUGUUAGUGUGCUGAGGUUAGCAUUUAGCUUAAAGCACCACUGUGCCUAAGUGCAGCCAGUAGUUUUUUUCUAUAAGUUUUUGUCCCUUAAGAAUCAAAGAGAAAGGGCUUAUUUUAAACUUUGUGUUUUUGUAGUUUUGCACCGACUUUUAACAUACAGGGAGAAAUGAAUCGCUCAAGCGUCUCCGAGUGUAGAUUAAAAUUCAAAUUGAGCCAUAACGCAUGCUUAGUGAAGGUAUUACCAAAUGCCAUACAAAAAACUGUAGAAUGCAGCACUUAAUCAUAAAAUAUAUCCUAUAUCCAGGUACUGAUAUUUCAGAUUGAUAAUGUAUAACAGUGUCAGAGUGUUUCCGGGUGGAUCUUCCCUUCAGCGUCCAGACUAGCCUUUGUUAGGCCUGACCCCAAGUGAAGCGGUUACUGCCCUCCUAUAGCUUGAGCCUAUUGAACACAAAGUAUGACUAUACUGCAUUUAUCACAGAGCUGAACUGAGAGCAUAUUGUCAGGCAAAGGGAGGCAGUUGAACUUACUGCUAUGACCUGUGGGUAAUGGUCCUUACCUGCGUUAAAAUGGAUGUUUAUUGAACACAGAUUGCCACUCCCCAUUUUCAGUGAAGAGCUUUGUUGACUUUACAAACCAACAUGCAGAUCGUAGCAUGCGUUUCCGUAAUUGUUCAAAAUAUCAGCAAGGGAGGAUUUGGGCCAUUGUAUUUUCUUUUAUCUUCUCUUUUUAUUUGAAAUGUUUUUGAAUAGCAACUUGUGAAUUUAGACGUAUGUGACCAAGUGACUUUUGUUUUUUUCUCUCUCAGAAUUUCAGUAGGCAGUGGACUCAUGUUAACAAUUGUAUGGUAGUUUGUCAGUAGUUUGUCCAUGCAAUAUCUGUAAACAUCAAAAAAGAAGAAAAAAAAUCAAGCUGAGAGAUGCUCUAGAUUCUCCUGGUUGUAUUCACUGGAGUGUUAAAAGUUCUGUCAGCAUCAAAAUGUGGCUGUGAUGCACCCUUCUCUAUUUGUUUUAUAUUUUUUAACAUCCAUUUCCUGUUUCCUACUCCUCUAAAGUCAACACCCAUAAAUGUCACCGUGGUAACCGUGGCAAAGCCCCUCUGACUUCAUCACCAGGUGGAUUAUAUGUUUGGCAUUGCUUAGCGUUUUCGGUAGCCAAUCGGCACAUAAUAUACCAACAUAUCAGUCACAAAUGAUGUCAAAUUUGGAUUUCCUUAUACCAAGUACAUAUCAACUUAGUAAAUGCUGCAAAAGUAUAAACCUACUAAAAUAUGUAAGUAUUUAAUGUUAAUACCUGAUUAUAACCAAUACAGGAUUAUAGAUGAAGUAGGAAAUGAAGAGGCAGAUAUUGUGUGAAGGUAUUCAGCAUGUAAUGCUAACCGUUAAUUAAAAUUGAUUCAAACAAAAGUAUAAUUUUCCCUUAAUAAGACUGUUGUUUGUUGUUGUUUUUUUCUUCAUUUUAUUAUGUUGUAAAUAUGUAUUUUGAAUAUAUAUCACUGUUUGUUUUGAACUUGAUUAAUUUAUUUAUGCCUAUAUAUUGUUGUUUUUAUGUCCCCUGAUUUUGUUUAACUAACUGGAAACAAAUCAAGAGGGUGAAAACGUGUUGCUUAUCUAAUGUUAAGCAACACUUUUAUAAUUCAUGUUAUUAUCUUCAUUCACGUUUUGCUGUUUUGCCUUUGGGUGAUGAUUUUACAACAACAAAAAAAGUGAUAUUCAUUUCAUUGUAUUUACUGAUAUGUAACAUAUUAUGUUUCACUGUGUCGUAUUUGAUCAGAUGUGUCGUGGUCACCGCUCGUGAAAAUGAUUUUAUUCAGAGUUUCCGAAUCAUGACAAAAGAUAAAAGCAGUCACAAAGUGGUAAUCUGCCUUUUUGUCCAUAUGAGACAUGUUGUCACUUGCACAUUGCACCAAGAGCAGGAAAUGUAAAGAGUAUCGUCUUGAAAUGUUGGGCUAGGUGUGCGUGUAGAAAGUUUAAGAAAUGUUGACCCCUGAUUUGUAGAGUACAGCCUUUAUUACCAGAUUGUUAGCAGUGUUUUCAUGAAAAGUAUUUUCUGAUUCUACUCACUUUAUAAAAAGAUAACCCAUUGGAUAUAAAAACAAUAAGCAGUCCCUCUAGUUUGUAUGGAGCCCCAAAGGGUUUGAUGUUAGAUGAAUAAAUAAGUAAUUCUAAAAAAUAGUCACAUGAAUAAAUUGUGUAAAAUAAUUAAUUUAGCAAUCGUUGUUGAGCAAAGAAGCUCAACAACCAAAGCCUUAGCCACUUAGCUUAUGUUAGCUAGAGCAAAAUGUCAAAGUAAUACAGAUUCUGUCCAACUGUAAAUAAAGGCAGUACAUAGACACUGAAACUAACAUUUUAUUUAGCUUAACAAGCUCCACAUGCUACCUACCUAUAGCCAGCUAACUAACUAGAAGAACAAAAAGACUGUAGUCAUUCUUGCCUAGAGCUUGAACUGGAGCUAGUUGCUAAAUACUGCUAAACAACCCAGCCUAGCUAGCCAGUUAGAUAGCUAGCAUGUACAGCCAUGCUAAGCGGAAUAAAAGCUUAUAGUUAAUGUGCUGUGUUUAUUAAGAGCAGCAGCUUCUAGUUAAUUUAAUCAGAAUUACUUGUUACUCUAGCUAUCAUGAGCUAACUGGCUAAAUUUGGUAGCAGUUGUUGAGCUGAAAGGGCAUUUUGAAGUAAGAAUGUAUAUAAUGAAAUUGAAUAAAACUUUAAUAUGAAAUGUAUUAUUAUAAUGAAGUUGAGCUUGAAUACGUUUCUUAAAUUACUUCACAAUUUAUUAUUUUAUGGAUUUAUUUUACACAAUGUAUUCAUAUAUUUUUUUUAUUUCAUAGUGUAGGGCCUACUGUUUAUCUAUUCAAUAUUGGCUCCAUAGUUUUAUUUGCUAUUUUUAUUUUUAAAGGAAGGUGUUAGUGAAUGGUUAAAGGGUGCAUGGAUGAAGUAAUAGAGUGAAGAGGUAACUAUGUGCUGGGUAGAGUAGUGUGAAUAGUCUGGGUGGUUGUAGCUGUUUGAGAUGUGAUCAGAGAGUAAUACUGUAUGUAGGUUCAUACUUUCAUAAACAUCUCUGGUGUGUGUCCAAGAUGCCUCCCCUCUGCAUCUAGUCAAUAUAUUUUUGAAUGUGGCAGGACUUGCACAAGAAUGCUGUAAAAUGUAGUUAAUGAUCGUAAGGUGUGUUAAUGUUAGGAAUGCUGAAUGUCUGGUCAGAGUUGCAUCAUAUAAAGUUGUGCAAAUGUU